AUGGACCGCUUCUCUGGCAGCUCCCGAAUGGCUCCUUUGCGAUUCCGGCGCGAAUAUGGUUCGCUGGCCAGAAUGUUCGACAGUGAGCUGGCAGAGCUGUGCGAAAGGUUUGAGUCUCAGCGCCGCCGCCGGCACAUAAUAUUCUACAAGCGCUUGCGCUACAAGCUGAAGCGCAAUCUUGACCAGCACCGGGAGGAUUGGAUUGAAAUAUUGGGCGGCACGCUGCGGCAAAACAUUCCGACGCGAACGAUUUGGCGCGUGAAGCGUGACGAUAGCUGGUACCGCGAAGUAUUCCAGGACGGUGACGACGACACGCUGCUUGCCACCAUUCGCAUGAACCGCAACACGUACGAGUAUCUGGUGCGACUGUUACAACCCGACUUGGCACCAAAUCCGCACCAUCCUCGAACGCCCCUCGAACCGCUGAGCGUCGAGAAGCAGUGUGCCAUCGCGCUCUACAAGCUGGCCACCGGCGAGUCCUUGGAACCGGUGGGACGGCGGUUCGGCGUCCACAAGCUGACCGUUUCGAAGUGCUUCCAUCGGUUUUGCUGUACGCUGAUGCGGCGACUCAGGCGUAACGUGAUUCGUCUUCCAACGGAGCAGGAAAGUGCUAACGCGGCGACAUGGUUCGAGGCCACCACCGGGUUGCCGCGAGUGAUGGGACUAAUCGGAAUGACGCACAUACCGAUCGUCAACUGCACUACCGAUGCUGCUGACUACAAAAACGCGGCCGGUUGGCCCUCGAUCAUACUGCAAGCGGUCGUGGACCACAGGGGACGGAUCCGGUACGCCACUAGCUCACACAAUGGCAGCACAGACACGUACACGGUGCUCGAAGAUUCGGAGGUACAUGACCACCUGGAGAACUCGGAAUUGCCAUCCGAUUUUUAUACUGACCAGUGUAAAGAAGCGUCGGUGAAACCUUACCUGCUCGGUGGCCGCGAGUAUCCACUUCUUCCCCGCCUAAUCACACGCUACACGUUGCCAAUAACGCGAGAGGAGCACCUGUUUAACGCACGCAUUGAAAAAGCAAUGCUCGCCUUCUACAAGGCUAUAGAGCGUUUGAAAUCGCGCUGGCAAGUGCUGCGGCGCCGCAUAGACACGGACAUUGGCACCGUUCCGCGGACGGUCAUCUGUUGUUGCAUUCUGCACAAUAUGCUCGAGCGGCGCUCGAUGCCGUUCGACCAGCAGUGGCUGAUGGAAAACCUCGACUCGAUGAAACGUUAUUCUCAGCCCGAACCGAUACUGCCGGACCGCACGGUAACGCUGCCCGAGGGAGAGGUGAUACGCGACUGGGCCAAGUUGCAGUUGGCGCGACGGGUGUUCUCCUCGUGUCGAGGUAAACAAUAAAACAGGGCGUGGAACGGUGGCGGUUGCUUGGAUCGCUAUCCGGUUCACUCGUUCACACUGGGUCGGAGCACCAGAUACAAAUGCGCUUCGAU